GGUUUUAACCAAUCACAACUUGUUGUUCGCAAUGUGCAUAGUAUGGCGGCCACUGUAAAACCAUUUGAUCGUACCUGACAAUUUUUCUCUUUGAGUUUUUAAAAAACCAUAAUGGACAUAGAUGAAAAGCUUCGAGAGCAGAGCAAGGUGCUUUUGCAGAAAUUAAAAGCAAAACAAGGCAGACUACAGCAAAUGUUAUCAACCAGUGCCUCGGAAAAGUUAAACAGUACCAAGGCAGAAAAUUCAUUACAUGAAAGAAGUGGAGAUUUUCAAACAUCCCAACAUCACGUGACACAACCAAAAGAAUUUGGUGUAAAACAGCAUGAUGGAGAAACAGUCAUCAAAACAUCCAAAGAAAACGGACGAUCCAGAAUAAAGAUAUCAAAACCAAAGCAAAUUCAACUUGAGAACAAAGAAAACCUACACCAAACAAGUCAUUCAAAACAAGGCCUCCAGUCCAAAGAUUUGAUGCAGGAUGACAGCAAGAAAGAAAAAAUCUAUGAUCCUAGCAUUCCUUACAGAAAGGCAAGCAGUUGGAGGGAUGUUGAAAAUGAAACCAGAAAAAAAGUAGAAAGAGAGAGCAAGGCUGUAUCGGAUAAAAGAAAUAUUAUUGACCGUAAUGUACAUGUUGAAGGAGAAGAUUUAGUUGAUUUGACAAAGAACAGUGGUCUGAAUUUUAGUUACUCCAGAUUUGAUGAAAGUGAACUUGAUUUUGCUAAGGCAUGUGUAGAUGAGUCUGUAGAUGUAGAAGAACCUGAGCAAUACUAUGGCAGACUUCAAGAAUCAGGAAAUGAUAAGAGGGCAGCCAGAUUGAUUCAAGAAUCUUACAAACCAAAAUCAAUUCUUCAAACUACAGGACCUAAAAGUCUCCAAAAGUCCUUGAGCAGAGUGAGCUUCCUGACAUCCCAGGACAGUCUAGGCAGUGACAUUGACCCUGAGGGGACACGCCAUUUGUUGGGCUACGACUGGAUAGCGGCCCUACUGGACAAUGACCGGGGAGCCACUAAUCACCCAGAAAGUUACUUUGACGAAUUAAGAGAGUUCAGACGGCUUAAUAGGGAUGAAUGUGUUAAUAGAUUUUACAUGGAAGGACCCGAGUCCUUGUUUUAUGAGUCGUCAGACCCAGAACCUGUCAAAGAAAUACUGCAGGAUACUAAAUACAAUAAGGGUAGAUGUAGUUCACAUAAAAAGAACAAGGUCAAGCCAUACAUAGUGAAUGACAGACUGUUUACUGAACCUUUGAGGAAUACCCUCCUUCCUGGGGAGGACAUCGACUCUCCCGAGGACAGGAAGACUGCAAAGAAACCAACCCUGGAAAACCCUCGAUUUGUCAGAGUCAGUAUCCCUAGAUCUACACUGAUGUCACCUCACCGUGUCAAACCUCACCGCAGAAAGAGCUUAGAAGACACAGACUCGUUCUCUAUAUCUCGGCACUGUAUGAAGGGCUACGAAAACUCGGUUCCCUCUAUGGUUCCCACAGCAUCAAACAUCGGCCUGAGAGAUGCUUCAAAAGGCAUCAAGUCUAAAAUGCAAACUACCCUGACUGAUGCUGAAAGGAUCGCCUCUAGCUUUCCUUACGCCUGGGACACUUCCAUGGCUGACCAGUUGAAGCCGGUUAAUUCCAGCCUGUACACCUCAUACCAGGAUAUGACCCUCCCCUACAGCAUGCGCUCAAACAUCCCGGGGGUGGGGGAGGAAUCGGUCAGGCUGAAGAAAGCGACCGAGGAUCUGCUCAACUCCACUUACUCGCUGAUGUACGAGAUGCAGAAUAUCAAAAAGAACAGGGAGAUUGGUGUGUAGGGGUAGGGACUGCUUAGAGGGAACAUAGUGUAUGUGAUUUUGUUUUUAUUUAUUCUUAAUUAUUAUGUAUUAUGUACUGAAGCUGUUAUUUUAUAGCAUUAAAAUAUUUUAUCUCUGAA